CUUUCUAGGGAGGACUUUGAGCGUUGGGCAAGUCGGCCUUCCCUUCUCAGCGAGUUAGCUUGGCCGUAGCGCCCGUUUCCGCCUUCCUCGCUAAACACCUGGAAUGGGCCGCUUAACAGUCUGCUUUCUACUCACUUUUCUACUCGAUCUCAGCUUAUUUAUUGAGGCACGAAAAUACCAAGGUUAUGACACGAGCUAUGUAUAUCUAACCGCAGAAAAUACAAAAACUGGAGAGAAAGUCCAAGUUUGUGCUAACUACCUCCAAUACAGAAUUAGACGGUUACCAGUGGAUGCAGAAAGCGCAGAUCCUAUAGGCUUAUCGUUCUGGCGGGGUGUCUUCAACGAAACCAAAAUAUGCCCCCUUCCAUCUCAUUCGGAACGAUUUAUCCAAUAUAAUGGGUCGGCAGUACCUCUACAAUAUCGUAUCUAUGACGAUGGUACGAUGUGUACUCGUCAGUUCAUCGAAGGAGGCUCUUCUUUCAAGAAUGCGACUCAAUUUCAAGUGAAGCAGCUGAAAUAUUAUGGCGCUGACAGUGCUAUCUUACUUCUGGAGAAGGGAAAGAAGUUCAUCUCGAAAUGGCACGAUUAUCUCUUCUCUGAUUUUUACGAUCCUUAUGUGAAUACAACGGAGGCUAUCCCAACGUUUUUCCUAUAUCAGCAUGUUUUUCAAGAAAAAAUCUUGGGUCUGAUACAUGGUAACGACACCUCUCCUCUGCGACUGCGAUUUCAUAGGCCACCUCCCUUUCCUAUCGACUUUUCGAUGAUCAUCAUGUGGCUUCUUGCAGUUGGUUGUGUAACUGGUGGAGGCGUAUGGGCUUUCUUUCGUCACAGAGCCGGCAAGGACAAGUUAACAGUCCUUCCGUCUUCAUCUAGUUCAUCACAGCCCUCUGACGCUGACGCAGGAAGUGAUGUCAAGAAGCGCCUAGCAUACUUCUCUAGUUUCUUGGCCAUAGCUGUACUCAUGGCUAUACUCGUUGGCAUCCUCAUGAUUGGUUUCUUCUAUCGAAAAAUACUCGUGGCGUUUUUCAAUGUUAUGCUGGUUCUCUUUGGUUCAGUCAGUGUGUAUAGUUGCGUAAUGGCCAUUUUAUCAAAUUUUUCUUGCUGUGAUUGCUGUACCACGCGGUUAUGCACCGGAGUAAAGCACCGCUGGCUCCCCAAAGGAAGACCAAACAUACUACAGUUAGCAGUUUACUUGUGUUCAUUGGCCUUUGGCGUAGUAUGGUUCUAUUAUCGGCUGGACGCUUACGCAUUCAUACUUUUGGACUUCAUAAAUGUGACGCUCUGUUUGCAUAUAUUGAAGUCUCUGCGGUUGCCGAAUGUGAUGUGGAUUACGGUGCUGAUGAUCUGCAUGUUCAUUUACGAUGCAGUAAUGGUGUUUGUUACUCCUUAUCUAACCAAAAGUGGGUGUUCUGUGAUGCUUGAGGUGGCUACGGGUAUAGGCUGCUCAUCGGACGGCAAUGAUGGAUAUCCAAUGCCUCCCAUCGAUGCGGCGCUACCGGAGAAGUUUCCAAUGCUGAUGCAAGUGCCUCGUUUCGAACCUAUGAUAGCAUGUGUUGAUCUAGAGAUUGAGAAGAACUACCAGAUGACGAUUCUUGGACUAGGAGAUAUAAUUAUACCAGGUUACUUGGUGACUCAUUGUUUCACUAUGAGUGGAUUUAGUGAGCGCUCGCGUAUCAUAUAUGGAGUUAUCUGCUCCUUCGGAUACGGAUUAGGUUUGAUUGUAACAUUCAUCGCACUUUCACUCAUGAGUAUGGCUCAGCCUGCUCUGAUCUACUUGGUUCCGUGCACUCUCCUGCCAAUAUUCAUUAUGGCUUGCAUAAAAGGUCACUUUCGGCUGAUGUGGCACGGAGUAGAUGAUUCUACAGACUCAACAGUUAGCUUGGAACGGAAUUUAGUAGCAACUAACUUGGAUCCACAUUUAGCUGAAGAAUCAGGACCAUUGAGUAGCGAUAAUACGGAAGAAACGGAUACAUAUCAACACACUAAGUAGUGAUGUGAUUGGUAGCUUAGAAUUUUCUACCAUAUGUUUACUACGGCUAUUGUCUAUUGUUGUCUUUUUCCUCUGCUAUAACUCUUCCUUUCCCAACUUCUUUCGCAAAACUGCCUAGGGUCUAAAUCGUAA